AUGGCUUCCUCCAAUAACUUUGACUUCCCACCCACACCCCCUCAUGUACGUCCACCACCGCCUCAUAUCCGCCCGCCGCCGCCUGCACCAUCACCAAGUGACAGCACCACAGUAAUAGUGAUUGUCUUUGUCUCAUUCGGUGGCCUUAUUUUCCUUGCAUUCCUUGCUACUGCUCUUUGGUGCUUUAUCAAGAAGAAAAAGAAGAAAACUCCUGAAGAAACCGAUAUUGUACAUGUUGGUGAACAUUUGAAGGUGAAAGAGGUCGUAGUAGAAUACCCUCACGGGCCAAAAGCCGUUUUGCUAGAGAUUGUUGAUGACGUGCAUGUUGAUGAAGAAAUUAAGAAGAAAGAGAAGGAGAAGGUAGGUGAAAGUUUGCGUGUUGAGGCUAUAGAGGGCAAUGCUAGUGCCGUUGAUCAGGCGGCAGCAUCAUCCUUUCCUGGGUCUAACAACCAUCCCCAGCUUGAACACAAGUCCCCUCCGCCAGAAACAAGUUCUAAAAUAGUGAGUUCGGGCCCAAAAUGCUGUCCACCAGCUCGUUGA